AUGAAGCCCUCCUCCUCGAUUUCAAUCUUCGUUGUUCCCUUUUUCUUGUUCCUCGUUUGCGCCACUCAAGCUAUAAAAACCCUGUUUCGCCCACGGGACGUGCUGCCGCUGUUACCCAAGGAAGUUUCCUGGCCGGUCCUUGAUUAUCUGAAUGGUGCGGUGGAUCUUCUCCUAACUUUUGUGGGCGCCGCCUCUUCUCCGGACAACGCAGCGGUGUGGAAAGGCGCCUGCUUUUACAAGAACGAGGCUUGGAUGGAGUUCCACAAUAAGACUGGGAGCCAAUUUGGCGGCGGUACCCUUCACCUUUAG